GCGGCGCGCCCAUCGCUUGGCUGGCUUGCUUGCCAUCGGAACCGCCGCUGCUCUGGUGUUUACGUAAAAUGGCGGAUAGGCAGCAAUAGAGAGUCCACCAUUUCGCUGCUUCUAUGCCUUUCGGCUCCUGAUUGCGACGUUUUUGGACAUGUUAACGUACAGAACUUCUGUAACGUCCAUACUUCUGUUCAUCCUAUCCGAAGCAACAUCAAGAAGCUAUGAGGGGCCAUGGCAGCUGGGGCCUGCCUACCGCCAUGGACCAGAUGCAGGCUUGCAGUUGCCCUGGCUACCCCAGAAAUACCUGGAAGGGAGGGAGAGACUGGAGGAACAGGAUGCACACAUUGCAGCGGAGCAGGAUCUAAGGGAGCAAAUGCUCAGUGCCGCUGCCCGGGAAGAUGUGUCGUUUCUCGAAAGACAAGUUGACCGUUCCAUGGAUGAAGGAAUCCAUCAACAGGCAGCAGCAGCAGCACGUAAUGACCAGCCGGAAAAUUCUGACGAACAGCCCAAAGGUCACACCACACCUAAGGACCCGGGCACGCGUGAUCCCGUUGCGGUCGCUUAUAGAGGCUCUGCUCACGAGCAUGACAACAGGGUCAUCGCCAAGGCAUCUAGUUUCACGGACGUAUAUUUUGUUGCCCUUGUAGCUGGGUGCAGUGCUGUCGCUGUUAUUGGGGUCGUGGCUGCAGGAUUCUGUUUUUACAAGGUACAGAGGAACGGCCGGGCUGCAGCGGACGUGGAGUAUCCUGCGUACGGUGUGACAGGGCCCAACAAGGAAGCACCCUCUCCUACUGCGGACAGGAAGCUGGCUCAAAGUGCUCAGAUGUAUCACUUUCAGCACCAGAAGCAACAAAUGAUUGCGAUGGAGAAAAAUCACACCAACAGACACACGUCUGCCUCGGAUGUGGACACCGAGGAAGAAAACGAAGAAGGGGAUUACACAGUAUAUGAAUGCCCUGGCCUGGCUCCUACUGGUGAAAUGGAAGUGAAAAACCCACUCUUCAACGACGACCAGACCCCGGUAUCUCCACCUCUUCCCAACGGAAAGCAAGAUCCUGACAAGGGUGACAAGCAAGCUCCGCCAUCUCCCUGAAGAUACAGAUUGUGACCGCUCUAGUCUGAGUAUUAUUUAAGUUUGUUUUUGUUGGGUUAGGUUAGGUUGGGUACAAACAGGUCUCCCCCAUUGCCUGUCUUUGUGAUGCCGGACCGUUUGUCGUGGAAGGUUUUUUUUCUUCUUACCUAGGCAACAGUUGCAUUACAUCAGUGUGGGAAAGGUAGAGGAGAUGUACCACCACAAAAUGAUGCACCACCGAGAGACUUUUUCUUGUUUGUAUAGUACAUGGUUUAAGCAUUAGCUUUCUUCAUUUUUUUUUUGUUAUUCAAAUUUGCUUAGGCCAUUUUAGUUUUCCUCCUUGUCCGCCGCUUUGAAAUUUGUGUAGGUGCUUGCAUUUUAUGUUAGAUCUGACUAGGUGUCUGUUGACAACUAAUUUUGUUGCACUAUGGAAUUUGUUUUAGGUCAACAUAACUGCGCUAUGUGGUAUGCAGUUAUUUCUCCAUAUUUGUUCACUGACGGGCCCUUUUUGGCGUCUCGAAGCAUUACUGUGUCUAUUUUCAAGUGUUGAUCAGCUUCUUGAUAGUCCCUCCUGAAUCUAACAUCAAAGUUGAAGUGCACUAGCAAGAGACAAUGGGUGUAAAAAUUCCUUUUGCCCAACUAUUCCAUCAAACUUCAAUGUUCCUCUAAUUUUUUGUGAAGUCAUUUUUUGACGAGUGCGAUCGCUUUUAUUGUGGGGCUGUGCAGAUUUUUUUAAUACCAAGGCGAAUAAUUCUCUAUAUUUGCUUUGAAUUCCAAGUCGAAUAUGGAAUUCUGCAUUUGAAUCAAAGGGAUGCCUCUUUCAAAACGGUCGAACCUCGAUAUAACAAACUUCCCCAGACCUCAGCUUCUAUUGUUGUGCCGAAUAUUUUGCUGUACCAAAAUUGAUGACAGUUUCAAAAGACUUACCAUAUCUUCCAGUGUAUAACGUGCACUGAUGUAGAGUGUGGGCCCCCUAAAAUCGGCAGAUACUACGAAAGGUUCUAUGUAUAAGAUGCACCACAGCCCCGACUAUCCCAACACCGUACUACUGACCAGGAACUACGUCCUACAUCGCUCUUAAUGUACGCAGUAACCAAACCCUGCAUGUUAAGUACAAGUCGUUUAUUGUGUCUCAUGCACAAUUGAACCCAUCCCUGACCCUAGACUGGCUCACGCGUGCCACGUUGCCCCCAGUCAAGAACAACGGUGCAGCAGAGAAAGGUCCUUAUCGUUGCUAUCCAUCCAGGACCUUGGUAGCCCAGUGCACUCUUUUGCCUGAGGUCAACCCCCUUAGAGCCCUGCGCGGAUAGGAUUUUUGGCAUCCGCAUCCGACCCGCAUCCGCGCACACGUUAUCCGCAUCCGAUCCGCAUCCGCACCAGACACAACAGUUUACAUCCGCAUCCGAUCCGCUGAGCAAAACGCAUCAUCCGCAUCCGAUCCGCAAAAUCCGCACGUUUCGAAAGACGCGUAAAGACCGCCGGAAGCAUGUUGGUAUAAUUUCGGAUGCCUCCAUGCUGUCACGGAAGGACUCAGUCAUGACGACAAGCAAAGGUAAACCUUUCAACAAACGCGAUAUGAAGAGACUUCUGGAACGCGUGGAACGCUACCUCGUCGGUGCUCGCGCGGUUCGAGACGCCAGAAUGCCUCCUCUCCCGUCUUCCCGCCGUGCAUGGUCAAAGGUGAACCCGAACAUGCGCUCGCUGUCGGCAUUCGGCGCGCAAUACAAAUAAAUUGCUGGUGGAAAAAUGACAGCAUGCGGUAUAUCCGCAUCCGAUCCGCUACCGAUCCGCUGCCUUCGUAUCCGCAUCCGAUCCGCAUCCGACCUCGCGCCAUCCGCAUCCGAUCCGCACACCGCAGAAAGUGCUAAAUCUUCAUCCGAAUCCGCAAGUAUCUUGCGGAUAUCCGCUUCCAUCCGCGGAUGGUGCAGGGCUCUAAACCCCCUCAUAAUCUCCCGAGAGAUUGUCACACUGGACCCAGCACGAGGCUACGUUGAGUUUACAGGUGGCCCAGCAUCCUUUCAGAAAAAAACUCCUACGUAUAAUUAGAGCCCGAAGUUUUGGGGUUUGACCCGUUUCUUCCCCGAAUUGAAGGUUGCCUCUCUAGGGUGAAACCCGAUUUUUACCCGGCAAAUUGCCCUCACUGAAACGUCUGUAGGAAUGCACGCCAGCUUGUUUGGCGGCAAACACAAUUACAUCACCGUUUUUAUCAAACCAGUACAGUUCGUGUAAGCAAUAAGGCCCGAUUUCUCCCCGAAUUUAGCGUACUGGAAGUAUUUCCACCCGAAUUCGCAAUAAUUUGGAGCGCAUGUUGAUUUCCCAGAUUUUUACCCCCUGAAUUAGGAAAAUAAUAUUUCCCGAAAACUUCAGGCUCUAUGUAUAAUUAGGGCCUGACUUUUUCGGGUUUUAUUUUUGGCCAAAUUCGGGGGGUAAAUAUCGGGUGAUAUUUUUCAUUCGAAAAUUCGGGUGCAUUCGGGUUAAAUCCCGUUACGGCAUAUUCUGUCGUCAGGAAUUCGGGUGUAUUAGGGCGAUUUUUUUUUUUUCGUUUAAUAAAAAUUUGUCUUAACAUGGAAAAAAUGAUAAGCAAUGUUAUCAAACUUUAUUUUAAUGCAAGCUUAUGAGUGUGCCACGCGACCCGGAUGUUUUCGGGUAGAUUCGGGUUAAACCCGAAUUUUACAGAUUUCGUUCGGGGGGUAAAUAUCGGGCGGAUACGGGUUUAACCCUAAAAAGUCAGGCCCUAUGUAUAAUGCGCAUUGGUAGACAUUGUGCUGUGCCCUUUUUGCAAAACUUUUCUUCUUCUUUUUUUUUUUUUUCAUGUACAAUGUGCGUUAUCCACCAGAAAAUACGGUAUGCCACGAAUUGUGAAGGAGCGAGCAGUACAAGCGUGUAUAUACAGUAGAAUCACAAACAGGAGAUGACAAAUUUUUUAAAAAGUUUGUGCCAGCGAAUAUGAUACGUAACAGGAUAGUACGAGAGCUUUUGCGGAAAAUUGGCGAUCCACGAAUCGGGUGCUCCGCAUCAGCCACCUCCUCUUGGGCUGCGCUGGCACUGGCUGGCAGACGACACGCAACGCAGGUCUGAUCAGUUGUGAUCGCUGCAGGAGACAGUCUUUGCCUUUCCCAACAGAGGACGCUUGUGGAGAAGGAUAGAAUAGGAGUACUAUAAAUAGGAAUACUGCAAAAAGAAUUACACACUUCUGCCGUUUACUUGUUUUUUUUUAAACUUUGUUCACACGUUAGGGACAGAGUAAAUGCUGCUUUUGCAACUUUUCUUCCGUUGUAUUGCAAUUCCAGCUUAAGGCUUUUGUUCUAGCGGAGGCUAAAAGCCUGAUGGGGAAACGUCAGUUGUUGCGUUUCAUUGCGAAUUUCAUUGUGUUGCGUUGGAAUGAGGCUUCGCUGUAUAUUUGAACAGUUCUGAAGGUUCAUAGUUGACGCCGUAUAUAAUGAAAUGAAAUCCUCCUAAACUACGCUGUCGUAAGACCAACAUAAAAACACCGUGGGCAGGCUCCUUGGAUGUCGCACUAUUUCCAUCAAGGACAAACGUAAUCGCCGUACUUCCCGUUGAGGAACGCGCAAAAAAGUAUGUUUCGUGUGAGCACAGGACACUUGAAAGUCACGGAGAGCAACGCCAUUUUUCUUUUCGGACACGGACGUGGCAGCGGUUAUCGCAAGUUCUUCAUCAACUGACAGAAGCUUCCAUUUUUGGACUAAUCACUCCACUAAUCACAACACACUGCAGCGAAACAAGAUCAAACAAAUGUAACUGAGGAGUGAUUGCGUAGUUCCCACAGCAAAAGUGAUGAAUGCCCACUCCGCCAGUUACGUCAUUUCACGUGUCAACGCCAGUAACCAGUAAGAACGGACUGGCACAGAGCAGCGUUAUUUCUCCUUCCCUCCCCUGGGGAGUGGGACUCCUCCUCGCUCACCCCUCUCCUGCACGUGGGCAAUGGCAUCCGCGACGUCGCAAAGAGGUGUCUGUCUCCACACUGCCUACCUCGUAAAAUAGAAUGUGUCGUACGAAAGCACUUAGUUAAAUUGAGUGCAGAAAUACAGUCUAUGGGGAAUUAUAUGUCCAACAAAAAUGGUACGUUAAAUGGAGAAUUUUGAUAAAUCGACGUUCGUUAAAUCAACGUUGUUAGUUGGAGGUUCGACUGUAUACGGAUGUCAUACACAUGCUGUUCAUGUGUACGCGUGCAUUUGGUUCCAUCAUGUAACUGUUCGCUUCGAUUUCUAAAUGACUAUUUGCACAGCCCUACUUUAUGGUCAUAACAGAGAAAUCUUUCUUUUUUUGUACAGUACACAGAUUGUGACCUAGUCACCGGUUGAUGAAAUACAAGCUACUUUCAGUAUAUCUAUCAACCUUCCGAACUUUGCGGGCAGCAGCGGAGCACGUGUUGUUCUCAAUUGCCCGUAAUGCUCCAAUGCCGUUGAACUUAACUAAAACUGAAAGCAAAUCUUUUCGUGAGACAUGCUGACAAUCUCCUUGACCGAAAUAUAAAUCUCGGACGUUUUCCGUAGACAGGCGUUUUUAUUUUCUUAGCUCAACUGCCUCUGCUAGUUGAUGCUUUAACGGAUACAAUAUCAUUUACUGUUUAUCGCUAUUUUUCGAAGCCGUUUCGUUCUAGGGCGGCUUCUUUUACGUUGCCUGGUUCGCAGCAACGCGCCACCCGUUUUUGUUGUUGAUAAGAAUUGACGACUGUUACUUCAUGGAGUGUAUCUGUUUUACACAUAUAACGAAUUCCUUUUUCGACAUGGAUUCCUAGUCUGCCUAGUCAUGACCGCACCAAAUAAUUUUUAACACCAGGUGUAAAACGUCAAAAAAGCGAUAAAAACCGGGCUGUUUGGUGGUACAUUUAAAAGCGAUAAAACCCCGGUGCAGGG